AUGGUCAAUUUCAAAAACAUAUUCUCGAAUAUCUUCAGUGGAUUCUCCGCUGACUUUAAGAAAAAGAACUUCUCCCUUUAUGGCCAGUGGCUUGGAAUCCUCAAUAUCAUUUUGUGCCUUGCCUUGGGUAUUGCCAACAUCUUCCACUUCAAUUUGGUGGUGAUCUUUGCCGUCAUUUGUAUCGUCCAGGGACUCGUGGUUGUCUUUGUCGAGAUCCCCUUCUUGUUGAAGAUUUGUCCUUUAACGGACACCUUUACGAAUUUUGUUCGUAAUUUCGACGAGAACUGGCCCCGUUGUGGCUUCUACUUGUUGAUGGCUGCCAUCCAAUACCUCAGUUUGGUCACGCAAGCUACCUCCUUGCUUGUGGUUGCCAUCAUCUUCACAUUGGCCUCUGCCUGUUACUUGUUUGCAGCAGUCAAGCACCAAGAAUACCUCAAGACUUCUAUAAGCGUCAGCGGUAACAACGACGACUUAGAAUCUCAAGUUGCCCACAAUGUCGUGAGAAAUGUGUUGUAG